GGGUAGAAAUGGCGGUUGGGGCGGAAGGAGGGGCUGGGGCGGGAAGCAGCGCAGGCUCGAGGCUCCAGGGCGCUGUUCCGCCCCCGCCCCGCCGAGGAUCCUGGUGCAGGGGUGUUUCACGAGCUGUCCUCCUCUCUUGGCCCCGGCCUCCCGGGCUGCGGAGGACCCGCUAGGAAGAAGCCGUCACCCGUUACUUUGAACAAAGGAGACGGCCCCACAGGCCAGGCGACGGCCCGGCGCGGCCACUGCAGAGACGCAGAAACGUUCCCUAAAAUGGCGGCCGGCGCGCGGGGGCGGGGCUGGCGGGGCUUCCGCUCGCGGCGCGGGCGGGGCGGGGCCGCAUUCACCCACCGGGGCCCAUGGCCGCCGCGCCAGACUCGGGCGAGCCCGCCAAGGGGAAGCCCUUUAAGCUCCUAGGAAUUUUAGAUGUUGAGAACAUUCCCUGUGCUCGGGACUCGGUAUUGUAUGGUUCAUUAGGAUCUGUUGUGGCUGGCCUUGGACAUUUUUUAUUAACUAGUAGGAUUAGAAGAUCAUGUGAUGUUGGAGUAGGAGGAUUUAUCUUGGUGACUUUAGGAUGCUGGUUCCAUUGUAGGUAUAAUUACGCAAAGCUAAGAAUCCAGGAAAGAAUUGCCAGAGAUGGAAUUAAAAAUCAGAUUCUCUACGAAAGUACCCACCUUGAUCCUGAAAGAAAACAAAGCAAGAGCGGCAGCUGAGCAGGGUCUCAAGCAUCAAAAACCCGACGGUGGCUGAAGGGGUCGCUGCGAAUCACAUGGAGGGUAGCCGAUCACCCUCGUGUGUGCGUGUCCCACCAGACUUUCAGUCACAUAAAAUUAAAUAAAAGAUGUGUGUGUUGCA